AUGCCUGACAUCUCAAACUUGUUAGCACCAGAAUCCGACGAGGAGGACGUUCAAGACAUCGUCCUUGAUUCUGAUGUUGAGGAAGCGUCUGGCUCGUCUUCCUCGAGUUCGGAGUCUGAGAGCGAAGACGACCAGAGGUUCCCCGAUCUGGAUAGCGACGAGGACGACGACGAGACGAUUAUGAGGGACAUUGCGCCCAAGAAGAUCUCUGGCUCGUCGUUCUCUGCUAUGGGACUAUCAAAAUUGAUUUUAACUAACAUUCAACGGAAAGGCUUCAAGACACCAACGCCAAUUCAACGCAAAGCAAUUCCGCCCAUUGUGGAAGGACAGGAUGUGGUGGGUAUGGCUCGUACAGGUUCUGGUAAAACCGCCGCUUUUGUUCUUCCCAUGAUUCAAAAGCUAAAGGUCCACAGCGCCAAGGUUGGUGCGCGUGCACUCAUUCUCUCUCCGAGUCGUGAACUCGCUAUCCAGACGCUAAGGGUUGUUAAAGACUUUUCGAAGAAAUCUGAUUUGCGAAGCGUUCUGCUGGUUGGUGGUGAUUCUUUAGAAGAUCAGUUUGGAUUCAUGAUGAACAAUCCAGAUAUUAUCAUUGCUACUCCCGGUCGUUUCUGGCAUUUGCAGGUCGAAAUGAGACUCGACCUUUCAACUGUCGAGUAUGUUGUGUUUGAUGAGGCAGACCGUCUAUUCGAGAUGGGUUUUGCUGAGCAGCUCAACGAAAUUCUGGCCUCGUUGCCAGAGCUCAGACAAACGCUCCUUUUCAGUGCCACCCUGCCUCCUUCUUUGGUUGAUUUUGCUAAAGCAGGUCUGAAAAAUCCCCAGCUUGUGCGUUUGGAUGCCGAUCAAAAGGUAUCUGACCAGCUGCAAAUGGGUUUUUUUGCUACAAAGGACUCUGAGCGUGAUGCGGCUUUGCUGUACAUUCUGCAGGACCUGAUUAAAAUGCCUUUAAUGUCUGAAGAGCAGCGCGAGUAUCUGAAGAAGCGUGAGGAUGUUGUCUAUGAUGAGGAAGGUAAACUUGAACGCCGAGAGCGGCUGCCUCAUGCACUCGAACUUCCGACCCCUCAGUCUACUAUUGUAUUUGUUCCAACAAAGCAUCAUGUCGAGUAUAUCUCCCAGUUGUUGAAGCUUAAUGGUUACGCUGUUUCAGCUAUUUAUGGUUCUCUAGACCAAGCAGCCCGACGAGAGCAGUUGUACUUGUUCAGAGCAGGAAAAACAAGCAUCCUGGUUGUGACUGACGUUGCCGCUCGUGGUGUUGAUAUCCCCAUGCUAGCAAACGUUAUCAACUUCAACAUGACCACCAGUGCUCGUGUGUUUGUUCACCGUGUUGGUCGUACCGCUCGUGCUGGUCAUCAAGGAUGGGCCUACACCUUGGUCAGGCAAAGCGACCUGCCCUACUUGGCCGACCUCGAGGUCUUUUUGGGUCGUAAAAUUGUUAAUGCCAAAGGAGACUAUUCUCAAUCGCUUGUGCUGGGUGGUCUGCCUCGCUCGGGGGUGGAAUUCCAUAUGGAGCAAAAUUUACACCUGCUCAAGCGUGAAUAUGAUUUGAGUGAGCUCAGUAAAGUUGCCCUCCGUGGUGAAAAGCUUUACAACAAGACUAGAGAGGCAGCGUCGAAAGAAGGUGUGCGUCGGGCCCGUGAACUGGCUAAUACGACAUGGGAUAGGCCUCACCCACUGGCGGUCCACGAUGAUGAAGCUGCUAAAGAAGACCUGCUAGCACAAUUCGCAAACCGUAAAACCAAAGAAACUGUUUUCGAAUUCAAAAAGAAUGGCGCUGGCGACUCAGCCCAGUUGAUGGCUCGCCGCAGAGUGCAGAUCGCACCUGUCCAAGAGCGGCUUGCCAAGCGCAAGAGGGUUGCCCAAGCAGAAGCAGAUGCAUCGAAUAAGGCGGCAGAAGAAGCAGCAUCUAGCAAGGCGGCAUCUGCUGGACGGUUUGCGGACAAGACCUUUUUCAUGAGUCACUAUGAGCCUUUGGAAAGUCUACAAGAACGUGGAUACUCUCUACAUGGAACUGCCGGCUUCAGUGAUGCUGUGCGAGAUGUAUCCUUUGGUGUCAAUGAUGAAGGUAAAGAUUUCCAAACCAAGCAGAUCACACGAUGGGACAAGAAACGCGGCAAGUACAUCAACACCACUGGCGAAAACAAAGUCAAGUACAUCAAAGGUGAAAGCGGUCACAAAAUCCCUGCGUCACUUCGCACUGGCAAGUUUGAAGAUUGGAAGCGUGCCCAUAAGGUGUCUGGCAUCACAGAUGGACCCAACACAGAAUUCAAUAAAUUCCAGCACCGUAAACUCAAGGCCCCCAAGCCUGCAGACAAAGCGCGUGAUGAUUAUGCAAAACGCAAAGGUAAAGUCGCUAAGGCAGUGGAAAGUGGUUUGCGGGUCAAAGGUCACCCUACAUCGGUUAGCCUUGGCAUUCAAUCGAACCAGACGAUUCAAAAGCAGCGUGCGCAAAAGCAAAAGCGGUGGGAGAAGUCUAACCAGCCAGCUAAAAGACGUAAAUAA